AUGGAAUCAGCUCUAACACUAGGAUCAUCCCCCUUCCACCUCAUGCCAACCUCUUCUCUCACCCCUCCCACCACCAAACCCUCUACCUUCCCCCACCCACAACCACCAUCACUCUCGUCCAACCUCCCAUUCCCAAUCUCAAAACCCUUUAAUCAUUCCCAAUGUAGGCCCCACAUUAGGGUUAUCAGAGCCUCCUCUAACCCCACCCACGAUCUCUCCUCUCACAAUUCCAUCAUACACAGCCUCAAGGCCACCGCCGGCACCAUUGUUUUCGCCGCCACUGCGUUCUCAAUCGUCGGAAAAUUCCAUCAACUUCCGGCAAGAGCUGAAUCUCCACCAACUCUGACAGAAGAACUAGAUACCCAACAAGAGCAGCAGCCCGAAAGUUCACCGUUGACCCAGUUUCUCGAAUCGAAUUACGAAGCCAUUGAGGCCUUGAAAACAUUACUACAACAAAAGCUCGAAGCCGGCGAAGAUGAAGAAAGUUACGAAGUCUUGAAAAAGCUGGUUUCCGCCCAACCCGAAAACACAGAAUUGAAAUUCCUCAUGGCAAGAUUGUUGAAUGAAAUGGGUGAAACCCAACAAGCUCGGAACGUUUUUGAGGAGGUUUUGGCUCGAAAUCCACUUUCAUUUGAGGCAUUGUUUGAGAAUGCAUUGUUAAUGGACAGGUGUGGAGAGGGAGAAGCAGUGAUAAAGAGAUUGGAGGAAGCUUUGAAGAUUGCUGAGGAUGAGAAGAAGGUGAAAGAAGCGAGAGAUGUGAGACUGAUAAUGGCACAGAUACAGUUCUUGCAGAAGAAUGUGGAGGAGGCACUGAGGAGCUAUGAGGAACUGGAAAAAGAAGACCCAAAUGAUUUUAGGCCCCAUUUUUGUAAAGGGAUGAUAUAUAGUUUGCUUGAUAAGAACAAGGAGGCAAGGGAGCAGUUUGCAAAGUAUCGCGAGCUUUCGCCCAAGAAGUUUGAGGUGGAAGGAUACUUGAGGACACCUUUGUCAAGGAUGAAGCUGUUUGGGAGUGAUGAGGAGAACUGA